AGUUUCCAGGCUUAUAGCCAUCAUUCAAAAAAACAAAACGUGCGCUCUAGUUGGAUGGGUGCAGAUGAUGGGACAAAACAGCUUUGACUGUGUUCCUCUGUGCGGCUGGGCGCGCCACUAACUGUAAUUAUGUCGCAAAAAGCUCCUCCUCCGUCCACUCUUAAUCCCUUCUAUCCUCUAAUACUGCAGCAGACGUUCACCCACCAGUCGCAGGCGGCUAACAUUUCAGGGCACCACGUCGUGCUCAUCUGAACUCGGGACAGCUUUUGGCCAUUCUUGCUGCGGCCUUCAGCGGCAGAGGCAGGACCAAGAGCGACCCCAGCGGGCAGCCUGCCCCCCCACCGGUGUGGACACCCGUGCAGCAGCCGGACAGCAGAAGCACGCUGAUCAGCAUGGCUUCCUCUGACGAUGUGGAGGGCUCUCUGACUCCUGUGGAUUUUAUCCAACUGCAGCAUUACAUGGAAGAAAGCAGUUUGAGAGUGAAAGAUGUGAUCAAGGAGUUUCAGCCUGGAGGUCGUCUUGCCCAGCACAGUUUUGGAGAGUGCGUCGACGCCCUGGGCUUCUGUCUCUUCCUGAAGACCUACCUGGAAGUGGAUGACUUCCCAGAAGAUUUCUGCCAACGGCUGUUUCGCUACUUUCAACAAGUAGAGCAAGAUGGAGCCACAAAAAGCCCUUUGCCCAAAGGAGGUGGGGUCUUUCUUCGUGAUGUGUCCUGUUACUUCUCAGUACUGGAGGAAGCGCAGCCGCGAGAGAAGCUCGAAUUCACCUUCAAACUUUACGACAAAGAUUGCAACGGACUCUUGGACAGUUCUGAAGUGGAUCGUAUAAUCACACAGAUGAUGCGGGCUGCUGAUUACCUGGGCUGGGACGUGACUGAACUUAGACCAGUGCUCAAAGACAUGAUGACUGCGAUUGAUGUGGAUGACAGUGAGACCGUCACCUUGGAGGAGUGGGUGAAGGGAGGCAUGAACAACGUGCCUUUACUUGUGCUGCUUGGACUUAAGGUUGGAAAAUACAUGUUCUACCAUGUCUUCCUUCUUGCUAGUUGCAUGUACACUGUCCACAGCCGCUGCGCAAACAAGAAUCCUGAACCCUGCGCUCGCACAUUUGUCAAAUCCAAACAGGAAACUGGUAAAGCAGUUCAUGACUGGAUCAAAGCUGACAGUAAUUCUAGCAAAUGUCAGGUCUGCUUCAAGAAGAUCAAAACUUUGGCAGGGAGGCGUUGUGUGUGGUGCCGGGAGAUGCGCCAUGAGGACUGUGUUCUGUCCGGCCUAACGAAAUGUGAUUGUGGGCCACUGAAAGACCACAUACUGCCUCCAUGGGCCAUUUAUACUGUCUCAAAGGAGGAGGACACCAGUCUGUUGAAUGUUACUCCUGAUGGCCACAUCUUGCAGAUUGUACCUAUUCCAGACACCAACCCUCUGUUGGUGUUUGUAAAUCCUAAAAGUGGAGGAAAGCAAGGUGAAAGAGUGCUGAGGAAGUUUCAGGGUCUGCUGAACCCACGUCAAGUGUAUAACCUGUCCAAUGGCGGUCCUGCUCCAGGGCUACACUUCUUCCGUAGUUUGCAUCACUACAGGAUCUUGGUAUGUGGGGGGGACGGCACAGUUGGCUGGCUCCUGGAUGCUAUAGACAAAGCAGACCUGCAGGUACACCCUCCUGUAGCUGUGUUACCUCUUGGGACUGGGAAUGACCUGGCUCGCUGCCUACGCUGGGGAGGAGGAUACGAGGGCUCAGACUUGAGAGAAAUCCUGAAGGAGAUCGAGGUAGGCAAGGUGAUUCCACUCGAUCGCUGGAGCAUCCAGGUGAUACCAAAUGACCCCCAAGAGCCAUGCGACCCUGUUCCAUACGAGAUCAUCAACAACUAUUUCUCUAUUGGAGUGGUGAGUCACAAGCUCAGUUGGAAGGAUGCACAUCACACGAGAAUGAAAAACAAACUCUGGUAUUUUGAGUUAGCCACUUCAGAGUCCAUCUCUGCCUCCUGUAAGAAGCUGAAGGAUUGUCUCACAGUCGAGUGCUGUGGAAGACAUCUGGACCUGAGCAGCUCGUCUUUAGAGGGUAUCGCCAUCCUCAACAUACCCAGCAUGCAUGGUGGUUCCAAUCUCUGGGGUGAAUCCAAGAAGUCGGACGGGUUAGCGGAACCGGGGCAUGAUGAGGUCAUCACCGACCAUGAACUUCUCAAAACGGUCACACAAGAUAUAAGUGAUAAACGUUUUGAGGUGGUGGGACUUGAAGGAGUCUUAGAGAUGGGACAGAUUUACACUGGACUGAAGAGUGCCGGGCACAGACUGGCACAGACCUCUCAAGUCACCAUCAGGACGACCAAAGCUCUGCCCAUGCAGAUUGAUGGGGAGCCCUGGAUGCAGCCUCCAUGCACAAUCCACAUCACCCACAAGAAUCAAGCGAACAUGUUAAUGGCUGCACCAACAAAACCAUCAGGCUUCUUUCACCUCAAGUAACGGUCCCCCAUGUCCUCCAGUCUGCCACAGAGGGUCACCGUGGAGUAUUUAGGGAAGUCCACUGCCAAUCAUCAAACUGUGUUUUAUUAUGUAUGUCCUUUGCAUUUGAACCCUGACAUAAGUAGACAUUUUUGCUUGAGCUUAAAUGAAACCAGCAAAUAUCAAUAAAUCUGAUAGCUGCUAUUGUGUGCCAACUACAAUGUGAUGCAAAACAUGUCUGUUAACUAAACAGCAAAGAUUGGUAUGCUUCAGCAGUACACUAAUGAGGAGUAAUACCCACCAUAUUUGAUGUUGUGACGUUAUGUGUGGCAAAUCAUGUUUACAUUAGUAUUCUUUUGAGUUUCAUGCUGCACUAAUGCAGUAGUAAUGAAGGUUUGUUUGAUUUCCAGAUCAGCUAGGUCACCAACUCUGUUCCUGCCAAAUGUCUCUUUUCAUCUACAUCAGUUUUUCCUCCAUGUGAACACCAGUAGAUAAAUAUGCCAACAUGCUUCACUGUGAAACACUUUGACUGCAUGUGAUUAAAUGUGGCUUAAUAGUGAAGUUUAGCACGAUUAAUAAAGACAACAUUCCACUCAAUUUAGUAGGUUAUCAAUGAUAUUAACUUCAUGGAAGAUGUGUCAAACAUGUUACCUUUGACAAAUAAUUAAAUACUUCUGAUAUUUUACUCAAGCCAAAAUGUUUUGGAGGCAAGCCAAAUAUUCUGUACUGCUAUCCAUUUUUUGUCCAUUGAUGUGCAUUGUUUGUCUUCAGCUUUCAGAAGUCCAUCCCUCAGAAGGUGUUAAAUAUUUGUGAAGAUACUUAUGUUCACAUUCAAUAUGCUUUCACGUUCAUUAUUUGUCUUCAUGUCAAAUUGUGUAUAUGUCCUUCGAAUGUGUAUUUUGACUGUAUUCAGAGAAACUCAUGCAACAACCCAUUGACCAAAUAUAUUGAGUUAACCCAAGAUGGAUUACUUUGCAACUGAGAGGUUAAUGGAUUUGUUGCAAUCUAAUUACCCCUCAUGAAAACCUACUGUGUCAUUAUGCUUCAUUAUUACUGAUUUUAUGAUGUAUAUUUUCCUCACUUUCUUUCUGAGCAUUAGAAAAUGUAUAUCAGAAUUGAGAAAUCCUUAAAUACAUUUAUUCAUAGGGGAACAUUUAAAAGAAACAUUCAUUUGUGUGUUUACCCAAUAAAUGUACUUUUAAAUUUGAGUUUAUUAAAUGUUAUUGCCAAUGUGCUUCAGCCCGAGGUGAAGCAGGUUUUGCAUAAUUGUGGAAAGAUUCAGACCCUACAUGCAUGUCUGUGA